GCAUCCAUCCCAGCCAUCCCUUGCGGUGCCCGGCAGGUUGCCCAGGUGCUGUUGGACGAGUAGGGCGGAAGGCACAACUUUGGUCGCAGCUAUUUUGCAGGAAUUUUUGCGACUUUGGCCCCCAUGUAGUGCACCUUCUGUAAAAUUUAGGACUCGCGGCCUUAUCCACAGUUAUGUCCGAGGGAGGAACGAAAAACUACUUGCCCUCGGGCCCGCAGCCGGGAGUGACGUACCCGCUAGAAGUCUUGUACUGCGGGGAGUGCAGCAUGCCGCUCGAAUACUGUGAAUACUACCCGGACGCCCAAAAAUGCAAGGAGUGGCUGCAGAAGAACCUGCCCGAAGAGUUCGAGAGACGCCUGAACCUCGAAGACAGCUCCCAGUCCGGCGCUGCCGGUGACGAAGAGAAGAAGAGGCAGAAACGGGGCGGAAAGGGCAUGGUCAAAGCCAAGAAGCGAGUCGAGAAGGACAAGAGGGUCUGUCUCUUCAGAGCGUCCAGGGGCAAGAAGAAGUUUGUCACAGUGGUCACCGGCCUCAGCACAUUUGACAUUGACCUAAAGGACGCUUCCAAAUUCUUCUCACACAAGUUCUCCUGUGGGUCUUCUGUCACGGGUGAUGAUGAGAUUGUCAUCCAAGGUGACGUCAAAGACGACGUCUUCGAUGUCAUCAGCGAAAAGUGGCCCGAGAUCGACGAAGACCUCAUCGAAGAUCUCGGGGAUCAAUCUCGCUAGGCGUGUACAUAAGGGAGCUUUGCUGCUGUUGGCAAAUAAAUCUCUUGUUUUGAUAAUGUACAACCC